GCGGAGCCUCGCAUCGAUGACGUAUCACCAUUUUCUUUUUUUUUUCCCUCUGUUUGGCGGCGCGGUCGGUGUGCGGCGCUUCAGUUCGGAUCAGCUCACUCUGCUCACUCCACGUGAGCGAGAAGUUGGCGCGCGUAUCAUGUUUGCGGCGUGCAUUGUUUUGUUUCACACGGAAUGCAACGAUGAGCGAGCCUGACCCACAGAAGGUCAUCGAAAAGUACCUCCAAGGGUUACAUCAUCAUGAAGACGGCUACUCCCAUGGCUACCUGAAGUCAGACGAUGAGCUUAAGGUUUUUGAGAGGUCCUUGGCUGCCGUCAACGAGAGGUAUGCUGUGCGGACAUCAAGAGACCUGAACAAGCCGUCUAAAUCCAAUGUCGUCUUCUCCAUGAUCCACUCCGGGUGCAGAAUCUCUCUAGACAAUGUACCGUUUGUGGUUGUCAAAGAAACCGUCAAAGUCUGCAUAUUUGGAACGGAAUACUACAAAAAGACUCAAGAGAAAAACAAAGACCGGGGUUCAAGCACCGCUGACUGGCCGAAGGAGGUGUACGAGAAGAAGCGAAUGAACCUCCAAGGCACAAAGAAGAAAGGGUGUGCAGCAACAAUGAAUUUGAAGUGGAUUGAAUUGUACCCAGAUUUCCAGGUGGACCUUCCCCAGCCAUGCGGCCAGACAAAAGAGGGUCGGCUGAAAGCAGACAAGGCCAAGCAGCUGCAGGAGGUGCUUGACGCAGAGCAGCAGACUGUGGCCAAAGAGACGCGGAUAUACAUUAAAAUUGCCCACUGCGGUUCCCAUCGUAACCAUGGUUUCGAGGACAUGGAAGCUUUUAGCCAAAACAUGUACAGGAACAUUGCUUAGCGAAUUCAAAUGUUGGCAAGGGAAGGAAUUACAUCUGUAUCAGAUGUGAAAAAGUGUCUGCACUAUUACGUGCACGACGUACUUUUUGCAAACAAGGAAAAGCCUGAUAGCAGCUGCAGGGCCUUUUUCCCAACACAUCGUGAUAUCAGCAACCAGAUCCAAGCUGUUCUUAAGAAA